AUGGCCAUCUUUACACCAACAAGCUUUAUGGGAACUGUUGCUGUGCAUUGGAAGAUAAACAGUCAAGCAGUUGCUGUAAAUGGUUUGGCAAUGGAAGUGUUGAGCUCAACAUUGGUGGAUAUUGGCAAGUAUCUGUGGAGACCUCUUAAGGCACAAGUGACCUGCCUUAUUCAUUUCCGUGACAACGUAAAGGAUUUGAAAGACAAGGUGGAAGAUCUGGUGGCGAAGAGAAAUGACAUACAAGAAAAGGUAAGAGCAGGAUGUUCUAGUGGAGAAAUAGCAACCCAAGAAGUCAUAUUGUGGCAGCAGCGGGCUUUUGACAUACUAGAAGAAGCACAAGGGAUACAGCAGAGAGUGGGAGAAAACAAGGAAUGUCUAUGUUGUCCGAAUCUAAGAUGGCGUUACCAUAUAAGCAAGCAGGCGAAAGAGAAGGCAGAGAUCAUUGCUAGGCACCGUGAUCAAGGGAAAUUUGAUACAUUGACGAUAGCCCUGCCUCCGCCGCCAGUCAUAAACCAGGAAGCUCCAUUGAUCAAAGGUCAAGCAUCGGCAGAAUUGGCUAUGAAGAAAGUCAUGGAUGCUUUACGCGAUGAAAAAAUCAAGAUAAUUGGUGUGUGGGGUAUGGGUGGUAUUGGUAAGACCACCCUUGUGAAAAAUGUGAACAAUCAGAUGCAGGGCAGGAAAGACUUCGACAGAGUCAUAAUGGCACUUGAUUUGGCUGAUGUGGGAAUUCCUUGUGUUAAUGAUAUGGUGGGUUGUAAGAUCAUAAUCACCACAAGAAGAGAGCUGGUUUGUAGAAAUAUGGAAACCCAGGUAAACAUCAAAGUAGACUUGCUCUCAAGUGGUGAAUCAUGGAAACUAUUCAAAGAGAAAGCAGGUGAUGUUGUUGAUCUUCCUACUGUGUAUACCACCGCAAAGGAGGUUCUUAAAGAAUGUGGUGGACUUCCUCUCGCUAUUAUAACACUGGGAAGGGCACUGAGAGGUGUAAGAAAUCCUGAGGUGUGGAACAAUGCAUUGUCACAGCUGAAAAAGUCUGCACCGAGUGACGUUGAAGGGAUGAGCAAGGUAUAUCAGUCAAUCAAAAUCAGUUAUGAGUGUUUACGACCUGAUUUGAGACCGGGCUUCUUGUUUUGCGGCUUGUUUCCUGAAGACUAUGAUAUUGAUGUGGAUAGGAUGAUCAGAUAUUGGAAGGGUGAAGGUUUUCUUGAAGAUGCUGGAAGUCUGGAGGAAACAAUAAACAGAGGGCAAUCUUGGGUUGAGGAACUCAAGCUUCUUCUUUGUUAUUAG